CUCACAGACUCAGCUCAGUCUCCAGUGAACAGGGCGGCUAACAUCACUCUCUGCUGCACACUUUAAUUCAAACAUUUUGAACAACAAUAUUUUAACAUUUGGAUUUAAAGCGACGGGUUUUACCCCUCGCUUUCAUGGAUUUCACUGCCUGAUCUCAUUAACACCCACGAAGAAGAAAAGCAGGAGGACCUUUAAAGCUGAUCCUGGGACUCACACUGACAACACCCUGUUUGGAUAUGAUCAGUGAGCUUAGCUUCACUUUAGUUGUACUGCUGUAGAUUGAGAAAGGAGCUGCAUCUCCUGCUAUUGUGUCCACAAACAGACAGACAGUAAGACAGGUAGACAGGCACCUGGCUGCAGGGUCCAGAUGGGGAACAGUGCACUGAAAUCUCACCUGGAAACCUCCCAGAAGACCGGGGUUUUCCAGCUGACAGCAAAGGGACUGCAGGAGUUUCCAGAGGAGCUGCAGAGACUCACCGCUAACCUGCGGACGGUCGAUCUGUCGGGGAAUAAGAUCGAGGUUCUUCCUCCCGCCAUCGGAAACUUCCUGCAUAUGAAGAGUCUGACGCUCAACUCCAACAGACUCGCCGCUCUCCCCAGUGAGAUCUCCAAGCUGAAGAAGCUGGAGACUCUGAGCCUCAGCGGGAACCGGAUCGUGGAGCUGCCGUCGACUCUGGGCCAGCUCAAAGCCCUGCGGACCCUCAACCUGUCGGGCAACCAGAUCACAGAGCUCCCCCCCGGCCUCGGGACCCUGAGGCACCUGGACCUGCUGGACCUGUCCCGCAACCAGAUCCGGAGCGUCCCGGCCCACGUGUCGGAGCUGCAGACCAUCGAGAUCAACCUCAACCAGAACCAGAUCUCGGUGCUGUCAGACGAGGUGUCUAAGUGUCCCCGUCUGAAGGUGCUCCGUCUGGAGGAAAACUGCUUGGAUCUGUCCUCCAUCCCCCAGUCCAUCCUCAGAGACUCGCAGGUGUCUCUGUUCUCGGUGGAGGGAAACCUGUUCGAGGUGAAGAACCUGCGAGACCUGGAGGGGUACGACAAGUACAUGGAGCGUUUCACAGCCACCAAGAAGAAGUUCGCCUGAACACGAUCGACGACCAGAUGGACCCACAGAGCGCCACCUGGAGGACGAGUCAGCUGCUCCCUCCGCUGCUGCUGCUGCUUCUUCUUCUGUUGCUAAUAAACAGUCCUCUACACAGCCCCCCUCCCCAGACAGACAGACAGACAGAGCGUCACAUGGGAACAUGAAGAGACAGAUCAAACACAAGAGAAGAAGUGUGAUGGUAAAGCUUCAGUGUGUUUCCAGACAGACAGCAGAGACUCAGGGCUGCGUUCAAGUACCACAACGUUCACUAGUGUUUAACAGUGUUUGUCUCUUUAAAUUAUUACUUGUUUUAAUUCUGAUGAAUGUCUCCACAGGAAAUAUUCAAACUGAAGCAUUUCACACGAUGGAAAAAGCACGAGUUUGUAAAAAUGAAGAAACAGAAGAAUUUAAGUUGUUUAAGGAAUGUUUAUGUGUUCCCAAAAUGCUGUUUUAGGGGCUUUUUUUCAAUAGGGAAAGACUAACAGAUUAAUUGACCUGGAACAUUUAAAUAAACAACAGGAAAUAAUAAAACACUAUUUAAAAUAAGGUUCUUAUCCAGAAAUAUCCCAAAAAAUCACAGUUGUGAAACUGCUGGUUGAUGAUGUCAAUUGUUGCUUUUACACAAAACAGGGAUCUAAUCAAUAAUUACUCACUGUGAAAAUAAUGGUUAGUUAGUAAGAAACCUCGAUAAUGGAAAAAGCAUUUAAUACAAAGUCAAAAUUAAGAGAUAAAAACUUGAGAAAAUUAAAUUGAAGUUAAGAUCAAAUAAAAUGGGUAAAUAUGGCUGCAAAAUAAAUCCUGAAAUUAAGUUUCUUUGGCAAUGAAAGUAUAAAUAAAUAUAUAUAUAUAAAUGAGGCAAUAUAAUAAAAAGAAAUGCAUGUGUUUUUAUUUAAAAGCACGUUUUUCAAAGCAUAUAUUUUACAAUUUAUUUCAUAGCCUUUUUAUUUAUGUCAUAUUCAUUUAUUUAAUAUUGACCUAAACUGCUUCUCAUAAUGAGCACAGAGCAGAAUAUGCAAAAAUCCGAAGGAAAAGUGUACCUUUAGAUGAUAGUCAGAGCAGGAGAGUGUUUAUCCAAACAUAUUUACAUUAUUAAAUCAGUUUGAGAGGAACUCAUUUCAUAAAAUCAAAUAAAAUGACUUGUAUUUUUGUUUCUCCAACAUUAUGGGUUUUUUGAGCGGAGUUUCAAUUUAGUAUUCCUGAUUCUGACAGCAUUUACAUGAAUCAGGUUUAAAUUGACCCGUGAAGGUGUGAUAAAUAUUCAAUAUCUUCCGUUAACUCAUCAGUAUACAGUCCCAGCAGGCGGACUGUAGGGGGGGGGGGUUAUCAUCUAUUUUUAAACCUGUUUUUCUGGUGGAAAAACACGGCGUAAGAAACGUUAUAGGAUCUGAAUCGACGGUAUUAUUUUUAAUUUAUUGAAAAGUUCAGACAUGUUAAAGAAGCCCUGUUAUGUUCAGUGUGUUCUAUAGGUUUUGUGUGCAUGUAAAUGGUCUGCAAAGGAUGAAAUCAUGCUUCUAUUGGCACACUGCACAUGAUAGGUCUGUAAAAGUGAAGUUGUCUGCAACAGAUUUUUCUGUGAGAAAUUGCUUCGAAUGCUGACUGGAUGUCUCGUUGAAUGCUCCGUUUUCUGUGGGAGGUCCUUUGUUUACCUCGGAACACAAUGACAUCACUAUGGAACACUCGCGCUUCUACUCGCUAGCCCUCCAACACAUUGUAUGUGAGAGGCUAAGGGGGCGGGACAUCUCUUGGUCAGAGUGAAGUGAAGGUUUCUGUUGUUCAGUGUAAACCUGUUCCUCUGGACUAAUAAUGAACAGGGUUAUUCUUUCAGGUCGGAAGAUUGAAGGACAUGAUGUUUAUUAUAACAUUUAUUGGUUUUAUUUAACAUGUUUUCCUAUCAUUGAACACUAAUGUUUCCUGUCAGCUGCACGUUUAAAGCCUCACUUAGAGACAUUUCAUUACAUUUUUGCAUGUGUAAAUGUAUAUGGCAUACAUUUUGGCAAGCACAGUUUUUCACUUUAGAGGUUUACUCUCAGCUCCUAUAAUAAAACGUGUAACCAAAUGAAUGACACUCGGACCCUUAAGCACAAUGUCCCAUUCAAACCAUGUAUCAUGCUUAGAUCAGUGGCUUAAAAACAUGGCUAUAAAUGUGAUUGCUUCAUUUCCUUAGGUUUGCCUGAUGAGGUGAACGUGCUAUGUUCCUGAUGUCCUGCUUCAAAAAUAAAAAGCAUUAAAACAAA